AUGACGAUUGUUGCCGUUUUGGUUCAGCUGGACAAGGAAAUAUCUAACAGUGAAAGGUCACACCCUGUGGAACGACUUGCCGUCGUGUCGGCGGAACUGGUCAGCAUACAAGAGGAAAUAAACGUACUAGAGGGAACCACAACUUCGAAAAAGAUAGGCAUCGAUGAAUAUGGGAAAACUCUUCACCAAGUGUUCGUCAGUUUGGAUAUCUACAGACGCCCAAUGUUGGCAUUGGAAAAUGAAGAUUUCAUUGCCAAUGUGAAUAGAAAAGAAAUGCAUCGAAUCGAGUUAAACUUUUUGCGCAUUCGAUAUGGUGAGCUGCUGAAGGAAAAGAAAGAUCUCCUUGCGCAGAUACUACGCAUAAAGUCUUUGUAUGGAGCACUGCAAAAACUACUCGAUAGUAUCUGGAGUGAUAAUUUGAAAGCGGCAACACAGCUCGAGGAUUCCCUAAAGCGUGCGCGUUCUUUACGCGACGCGCUGGCUUCUGUGGGCGCGCGGUUAAAAGCCGCUGCGGAUUAUGCACUCGAAGCCACGAGGGCAAUGGAUGACGCGUUACCCGCUUGGAAAUUGACGUCUGUUGGAAAAACCGGCUGGGAGCGGACUGCAACAUGCGCCGACGCAUGUCGCCUUCUGGUGCGGGCGCGUUGCUCCGAGCGGGCUGCGCGUCGUGUGCUUGCCGCGUACGCCGCGCCCCGUGCGGCGCGCUCAAUCCGCCUCGCAUUGGAUUACGCCUUCACAGACUUGUUCCACGACCAAAAAUAUCGACAGGCAACAGAGACAUUUAUAGAAUUCAAGGAAGCACUUCAAUUACUAAUCAAUUGUAUUCAUCAGGAGGUGAACAUUUUUAUCAACGGCCAAGCUGUCAAAGUUCCGAGUUACUUUACGGCGUUGCAAGCGCUGCGUCGGGAGCGCGUCACUAUACCGACCUUUUGUUACCACGAGCGGCUAUCAAUAGCGGGCAACUGUCGCAUGUGCCUUAUCGAGAUCGAGGGGAAUUGGAAGCCGCAGAUCGCUUGCGCUACGCCCGUGUACAAAGAUAUGAAGAUCCGCACUAACUCGAAGAUGGCGCUGAUGGCGCAAGAGGGCGUGCUGGAGUUCCUCUUAAUCGACCAUCCACUGGACUGUCCGAUUUGCGAUCAGGGCGGGGAGUGCGAUUUGCAGGACCUGACGAUGAGGUUCGGAAACGACAGGAGCCGGUUCACGGAUAUAUUCUUCCAAGGCAAGAGGGCCGUUGAGAACAAGAACCUGUCGUCACUGAUCAGAACCGAGAUGACCAGAUGCAUACACUGCACGAGGUGCAUACGGUUUGCCUCGCAGGUGUGUGGCAUGGAUGUUUUAGGGACGACGGGUCGGGGCGGUGAAAUGCUCGUCGGGACUUACGUGGACAAAAUGUUUUUCUCUGAACUGUCUGGGAAUAUUAUAGAUCUGUGUCCAGUCGGUGCUCUGACUUCGAUUCCCUAUAUGUUCAAAGCGAGGCCGUGGGAGUUGAAGAAAACGAAUUCUAUCGACAUUACGGACGCGACAGGUACGAACGUUGUCCUCGACCAUCGAUUCGAUAGGGUGCUGAGGGUUUUGCCCCGUGAAAAUGGGGAAGUCAACCAGGAGUGGCUGUCGGACAAGGGUCGCUGGGCUAUCGACUCCCUUGAUAUGCAGAGACUGGUGACUCCUAUGUGUAGAAUGGAUGAGUCCCUAUGUCCCAUCGAUUGGAACGUUGCCUUGAAAAUGGCCUCCAAAUUGAUUAAGCGCACGAAACCUCAUAAAAUUAUGGCAAUUGCCGGCCCGCAUUCCAAUGUUGAGACAUUGGUAGCUACUAAAGAUUUCCUCAACAUGCUUGGCUGCGAAAAUACCUUUGUGGAACGUUCCCUGUGCUAUACUGCGUCCGAUGCAGAUCUCAGAAUUGCAUACUCCCUUAACGUCAACAUGAAGGAUAUAGCCAAAGCUGACAAAAUUUUGCUCGUCGGAACGAAUCCCCGUUUUGAGGCGCCUAUUUUGAACGCUUGGAUAAGGCAAGCCUAUGUAUAUAACGAAUGCGACAUUUAUGUCGUCGGACCAGAGUGCGAAUACAAUUAUCACGUCAAAUACUUGGGCUCGGAAGUGAAUUCUGUGGCACAGGCGGGUGAAGUUUUGAAGGGUGCGAAGAGACCUCUGGUGUUUAUCGGUGUUGCACAGUUAGGGACGAGUUACGGCAGUGGGAUGAUCAGUCUUCUCAGCAACAUGACGAGCGAAAUGAAUACGAGCCCGGAUUGGACGGUGUUGAACAUCGUUACAUUGGAGGCGAGUUUUGCUGGUGCGCUGGAGGUCGGCUGGAAGCCGGGCGCGCUCGCGGCUUUAAAGGAAAUUAAUCCACUGCUGAUUAUAUCUUUGGGUGCCGACGAGGUUUUCUACGACUGGGCCCCAUCAACAAACUGCACCGUCAUGUAUAUAGGGUACCAGGGGGACAGAGGAUCGGAGAGUGCGACUCUCGUCCUUCCGGGCAGUGCGCACAGUGAAGCCGGUGGGAUAUACUUGAAUAUGGAGGGUCGGGUGCAGUACGCCACGCCAGCGGUCACGCCCCCCGGGCAGGCCCGUCACGACUGGAAAAUCAUCCGUGCCCUAGCCGAAUACAGCGGUAUCUGCCUGAUAUACAGCGACAUAGACUCAAUGUUCUGCAGGUUGGCCCAGAUCAGUCCCAACUUCUUGCACUUCGACAAGUACCAAAGUAAACUGUUCCCCGACUUGGUGCCCUCAAUGGUUGACAAUUGCAGCGGGACCAACGGGUGCAUAGACGUUAAAAUGAAGACCAUGAGGGACUACUUUUGCUCGGACGUUUUCACUUAUAACUCGCCGACCAUGCUGAAGGCGCAGAAGGCCGUCACCGAAUUCAAUAGUACUUCGCAAUAUCUCGCUAUU